CGUACGAAGUAACAUAUCUGAUUAUCUUUUGACUUUCAAAAGCGGUGACAGCCGGCCAAAAUUGUCGGCCAACUCUUUGCAUUCUUGCUGUGCUCGCUAAAAACAUAUAAAGAAGGGAGAUGUAGAAAACGAAGAUGCUUCGAGCACUCACCCCUACAACUUUCCUACCCAUGAGAUUGUCAACAAUCUUAUUUGUCAUUCAGUUUUCGUACUGCUUGCACUUCAUUGUGUUCUGUACCAAGGAUGAAGAAAAAGAACAAACGAGCGGUAGCAUCGAUUAUCAUCUCGUGAAGCUCUCACGAGCUCGUAAUAACUACGACAAAGCAUCUGGUGUAGGUUUCACAGAAACUGAAAAGCAUUAUCAAGCUAAAAUUAAUAAAAAUGUGAACAGUAUUCAUGAUAUUCGUGAUCAAAAGAAACUUCCUGGAACGAAAGAUCUGGCAUACAUCGACCAAAUGGACGCAGCUAAACAAAAAGGACGUAAACCUAAUUCCAAGUCUAAAAAACGAAAGAGACCGAACAGCCCCACGGGAUCUUUGUAAGGCAGCAUG